AUGACGAAUGAUCUAACAAAGAAUAAGUCUAUUGGAUAAUAUCUAUUUGCAAAAACUUUAGGCGAAGGCACUUUUGGGAAAGUCAAAUUAGCAACUCACGUUUUGACUGGAGAGAAAGUAGCAAUAAAAAUUUUGGAGAAGUAAAAGAUAGCUGAUGCUUCUGAUGUAGAAAGAGUAACAAGAGAGAUUCAAAUUUUGAAAUAAAUAAGACAUCCUAACUUAGUAUAAUUGUAUGAAAUAAUAGAAACACCUAAACAAUUAUUUUUAGUGAUGGAAUAUGUUAAUGGGGGUGAACUUUUCGAUUAUAUCGUUUAAAAUUAGAGAAUAAAAGAUGUUGAGGCUGUUCGAUUCUACAGUUAACUAAUAUCUGGAAUAGAGUAUUUGCACAAAUUGCAUAUUGUGCAUCGUGAUUUAAAGCCUGAGAACUUGAUUCUGGAUGGCAGAGGAAAAAUAAAGAUUAUCGAUUUUGGAUUGUCAAAUUUUUAUAAAUAAGAUGAUCUGUUGAAAACAGCAUGUGGGUCCCCUUGUUAUGCUGCUCCAGAAAUGAUAGCUGGCAAAAGAUAUUCGGGACUAUAGGUGGAUAUUUGGAGUUCAGGAGUGAUACUUUUCGCAAUGUUAGCAGGUUAUUUACCUUUUGAAGAUCCAAACACAACCCAAUUAUAUAAGAAAAUAAUAUCUGGGGAUUUCAAGUUCCCGAAGUACCUUACCAUCGAUGCAAAAGACCUGAUUAAAAAUGUUUUAAAUACUGACCCUUAAAAAAGAUAUACAAUUCUCGAAAUAAGAAAACACAUAUGGCUUAAUUUUUAUAAUUAAAAGAUACCAACUGGACUGAUUGUUGGUCAUCAUAAGAUUCCAAUUGAUCCAGAAAUUUUAAAAUAAUUGGUUCAGUAUGGAAUCUCAGCAGAAUAUGCUGAGAAAUGCAUUGAAACCAAUAGACACAAUCAUGUUACAACAACAUAUUAUCUAUUACUCAAAAAAUAUAUAGUUGCUGGAAAUAAGUCAAUAGCAGAUAUUAGUUCUGAUGUAUUUGAACCGUAAAGAAUUUCCAUUAGACAAACAACUUACACUGAUAGAAAAUAAACAAUGCCUACAAAUCCAUUACCAUUGAUACAACGAUAAAGUCGAUAAAAUAAUACCAUGCAUUUGGAGGAUUCCAUUAUAGAUACCAAACCAAGACUGAACAAUUCCGUUAACACUUAGAACACAAUUUAAUAGUAAUCUCCAACUACCUUGAAUCAAUCUGUUGAGGUGCGAAGGAAAAUAACUUUAGAUUUGCAACAAACUACAGUGCUAGAUGGAGGUUAAUUCUAGUAAUCGAAUGAUAUAAAAGUGCUAAAAUUAAGGACUCCUGUCAACAGAAAUUAUAUAUUGUCAGAAUAUUAUGGCAGAUUUCCAAGAAAAUCCAGGAAUCAAGAUAGGUCAUCAUCAGUUGAUAAAGACCAAUCUUAUUAUUAGACAUUUUACAAAGGAACUUCUGUCCCAAAAAAAUGA